UUCCCGUGACAGUGAACGCGCCAUUCUCCAUCUUCCUCCAACCAAAAAAAGGAGUGGACUGCGAACAUUUUCUCUGCAAAUCACGCACGACCAGACKUAAAGUACUACAAACAUGACAGACUCCAAAUAUUUCACUACAAACAAAAAAGGGGAGAUUUUUGAGCUGAAGGCCGAGUUGAACAAUGAGAAGAAGGAGAAAAGAAAAGAGGCGGUGAAGAAGGUCAUCGCUGCUAUGACCGUUGGCAAAGAUGUCAGUUCUUUGUUCCCAGAUGUGGUGAACUGCAUGCAGACGGACAACCUGGAGCUGAAGAAGUUGGUUUAUCUUUACCUGAUGAACUACGCCAAAAGCCAGCCUGACAUGGCCAUCAUGGCUGUGAACAGUUUUGUCAAGGACUGUGAGGACCCCAACCCUCUGAUCCGUGCUCUGGCUGUCCGCACCAUGGGCUGCAUCCGUGUGGACAAGAUCACAGAGUAUCUGUGUGAGCCGCUGAGGAAGUGCCUGAAGGACGAGGACCCGUAUGUGAGGAAGACCGCAGCCGUUUGCGUGGCUAAACUGCACGACAUCAACGCUCAGAUGGUGGAGGACCAGGGCUUCCUGGACUCUCUCAGAGACCUCAUCGCUGACUCAAAUCCCAUGGUUGUGGCCAACGCGGUGGCUGCUCUGUCUGAGAUCAGCGAGUCUCACCCCAACAGCAACCUGCUGGACCUGAAUCCGCAGAACAUCAACAAGCUGUUGACGGCCCUCAACGAGUGCACCGAGUGGGGACAGAUCUUCAUCCUGGACUGUCUGUCCAACUACAACCCCAAGGAUGAUCGUGAGGCUCAAAGCAUCUGCGAGCGAGUCACUCCUCGGCUGUCUCACGCYAACUCAGCUGUGGUCCUGUCAGCUGUCAAAGUCCUGAUGAAGUUCUUAGAGCUGCUUCCUAAGGACUCAGACUACUACAACACAUUGCUGAAGAAAUUAUCCCCCCCACUUGUUACCUUGUUGUCUGGAGAACCCGAGGUCCAGUAUGUGGCUCUGAGGAACAUCAACCUCAUCGUUCAGAAGAGACCAGAGAUCCUGAAGCAGGAGAUUAAAGUGUUCUUCGUCAAAUAUAACGACCCGAUCUACGUGAAGCUGGAGAAACUGGACAUCAUGAUUCGCUUGGCCUCUCAGACCAACAUUGCCCAGGUGUUGGCUGAGCUGAAGGAAUAUGCCACAGAGGUUGAUGUCGACUUUGUGCGCAAAGCUGUGCGAGCCAUCGGACGCUGUGCCAUCAAAGUGGAGCAAUCAGCUGAGCGCUGCGUCAGCACUCUGCUGGACCUGAUCCAGACUAAGGUCAACUAUGUGGUUCAGGAGGCUAUUGUGGUCAUCAGGGACAUUUUCCGCAAGUACCCCAACAAGUACGAGAGCAUCAUCGCCACACUCUGUGAGAAUCUGGACUCUCUGGAUGAACCUGACGCUCGCGGCGCCAUGAUCUGGAUUGUCGGUGAGUACGCGGAGAGGAUCGACAACGCCGACGAGCUGCUGGAGAGCUUCCUGGAGGGCUUCCACGAUGAGAGCACUCAGGUGCAGCUCACUCUGUUGACGGCCAUCGUCAAGCUGUUUCUCAAGAAACCAUCGGAGACUCAGGAGCUGGUGCAGCAGGUCCUCAGUUUGGCCACACAGGACUCGGACAACCCUGACCUCCGUGACAGGGGCUACAUUUACUGGCGCCUGCUGUCCACCGACCCCGUGACCGCCAAGGAGGUGGUGCUGUCAGAGAAGCCCCUGAUCUCAGAGGAGACGGACCUGAUCGAGCCCACCCUGCUGGACGAGCUGAUCUGCCACAUCGGCUCCCUGGCUUCAGUUUACCACAAACCGCCCAGCGCCUUUGUGGAGGGAAGCCAUGGAAUUCACCGGAAACACCUGCCUGUGCAGCACAGCAGCAUCGACACAGGUGAGAGCCCCGUGAGUGGUGGGCCAGCCGCUGCCAUGGAUCAGCCUCAUGUCAUCCCCAGCCAGGGGGACCUGCUGGGAGACUUGCUGAACCUGGACCUGGGGCCUCCAGUCAACGUACCCCAAGUCUCUUCCAUGCAGAUGGGUGCAGUGGAUCUGCUGGGUGGAGGCCUGGACAGUUUGCUGGGGGGAGACCUGGGCGGAGGUGUUGGGGGAAGUCCAGCCGUGGGACAAAACUUCAUCCCGUCCUCUGUCCCCAGCACUUUUGCUCCUUCACCCACACCUGCACCUGCACCUCCCAGCAGCGGCCUCAACGACCUGUUUGAGCUCUCCACGGGCAUGGCCAUCACCACUGGAGGCUACUCGGCCCCGAAGGCGGUGUGGCUUCCUGCAGUGAAAGCUAAAGGACUGGAGAUCUCUGGAACCUUCUCCCGACGCCAGGGCCACAUGUACAUGGACAUGAACUUCACCAACAAGGCUCUGCAACACAUGAACGACUUCGCCAUCCAGUUCAACAAGAACAGUUUCGGAGUGAUCCCCACCAGUCCUCUGCCCAUUCACACUCCACUGAUGCCCAAUCAAAGUAUCGACGCCUCUCUGCCUCUGAACACCAUCGGGCCAGUUAUGAAGAUGGAUCCUCUCAAUAAUCUACAGGUGGCUGUAAAGAACAACAUUGAUGUCUUCUACUUCAGCGUACUCAUUCCUCUGAACGUGUUCUUUGUUGAGGACGGAAAAAUGGAGCGUCAGGUGUUCUUAGCUACACACGGUAUCAGGGAGGCUGCAGAAUAACAACAUCUACACCAUUGCCAAACGAAACGUAGAAGGCCAGGACAUGCUGUACCAGUCCCUCAAGCURACCAAUGGCAUCUGGAUCUUAGCUGAGCUCCGCAUCCAGCCUGGGAAUCCUAAUUACACGCUGUCYCUGAAGUGUCGGGCCCCUGAAGUGUCUCAGUACGUUUACCAGAUGUACGACUCCAUACUGAAGAACUGAUCUGCUCCACCUGCCCUGCAGCAGCUCCUCCUCUUCAGUCCUUCAGUCCUGGCAUCAAACUUCAGUGUUUCUUCAUUUUGUCUUCUCUGCAGCUGACUGCCAGAACAAGAGAAUCUAAGCAGUAACUGAUCAAUAAUCUAUCUUCUAAAACAUUAAGUGUAAUCUUUUUGCUCUGCAAAAUCGGUUCAGUACACAUUUAUCGCAAUCGUUUCUUUUUCUGGCAGUUUGGAAGCAGUUUUGCAUUUCUUUUUGUUACACUCCUUGAGGUUUACUCCAGUAAAAAUCAUGUGAAUCAUUCCAUGUUUAACUGACUGUCUUAAUGUUGUGACUGAUGGUGAAAGUGUCGUGAGCGAGAACAGCCGAACGUCUCCUGAGUUUUAACUAGGCCACCAAUAWUCCUUUUUGUGGUUCUGAUUUAUAYUGYAUGUUGUCUUUGCUUCAGCUGUCCCCUCAGACCGACGCCAGCGUUGGUUUGUCCAAACUGAAGCUACUGACGUUUUCUUUUUCUGUCAUGACUCGAACACGCGGAGCAUUUUCAGUAAGUUUACUCCAUGCAGCGUUUGGAUGCUAACGAUAUAUUUUUGUUCUCAUGAUUGUCUGAACUUUUUGUGUAAUUAUUGCAAACGUUCACAAAAAAUGAGAAAACAAAUGUUCGAGCUGUGGCCAUGCUUUUUUGCUAAGUUCUGGUGCUUUAUUCUUGUGUUUUAUCCAAAAGAGACGCAUGUAAAAAAAAAAAAAAAAAAAGGAAACAUGAGAUGGUUGCAUUACAUGUCUCUGUCUGUCUGAUUGCAGCUUUUCUGUAUCUCAGCUCCUUUUUCUGUGAAGUUUUUAAAAACCACGCCARUGCAGGUAAACAAGAUGUGUUCAUAAAUUUUAACGUUACUUAAUCUAGUUUUAGCAUCACMAUGCAAAUGGCAGAAAACAUUCAGUGCUUUAGAAUGUUAAAAAUCUAAAUUGGCGCCAAGCAGCUGGUAAUUUUUUUCUUAUUUUAAAUCUUUGCCUAAAUGCGUCAUUCACUGCAGCCUCCUCRUUGUACACUCGUUGCCAUUCCUAUUUAUUGUGCACCUACCUCCACAUGUUAAUUGUUUCAGUAGUUUCAACUAUUGUUUCCUUCUGAACACUGAUGUUAUUUUGUGAUAUUCAUGCCAGUGUAAACUUGCGACGAGCCGGCCAAAUCCCAACUCAGAGGACCAAGAAUUCUCUCAGAUCAGAUGCCAGGUUUAUGGUUUAAUAACCUUGUGUUGUUCUAACCUUUUUGUUGGCAUUGUGUGGUAUGUAAACAAAGUGCGCACACCCAUAUGCUCAGAAUUGUCUCGUGGUCCAGUCAUGGUAUGUGUUGUGUAAUUGAUAAGCAGCUUCUAUCACUCUGAAAUUAAAAUAAAGCUUUGCCUCUGUCUAUUCCA